AUGUCCCACCAGCUAACUCCACGUCAUCCCUCUGAGUUCAGUCGUGGGAACGCCCAGUCUGAGUCCUGCAAGUACCCGUCGGUCAUCUCAGUCUCUGUCACCCAACGGUCUGUCCAUCAACCACUUGCAGAUCAACAGCUCACCACUCCUCCCACCCGUAGGUCCUCCUCCAGAGUUACCAAUCCCGUCCUCUAUGUAUACGAUGAGGCGGAUGAUGACGUAUUCAGUCAUGGUCAGGAGACGGAAGUGUAUGAAGAGGACGGGGCUGGUAAAGAAGUAGAAGAAGAUGACGACGACGAGGAGGAGGAGGAGGAGGAGGAGGAAGAGAUCGAGGAUGAGGCUUAUGGGAGAGAAAGCGGGCCAAGGAGAUCGAGGAUGCAGCCCAGGAUGGGGAUGACAGACCAUGGUCCGAUGAAGAGAAUGAAGAGGAACGAUCAGUGA